AUGGCCCGUUAUCAUUGCCAUACGCGCGCUGCCCUUCAGGUGCGGAAGGAACAAUCAUCGAAGAACCAGAACAUCUACCCCGAGUUAUAUGGGGUCUGGAUUCCGAAAACGUUCAGACUAGUGACGCUCGAUAUGAGUCUGGAGGCACCACUCAAAGAUCUCGCGGAGAAGGAGCCGAUGGAACGACUCACCACGUCCUCAAGUUUCUCGGCUAACGCAGCCCACCCGUCGCCAGGGACGGGGGGGAUCUACCGAAGAGUUUCAGUCGCUCAUGCGAAUGCUUCAGUAUCGGCCCGAGGCAAGGGACCAGAGAAUGAUGUUUCCGCGGCGAUGAGCCAGCCCGAACUAUACGCGGACGAAAGGCUAAUGUCCUCGGACCUGCUCCGCGGCGGGCACCUCAACAGGGCUGAAUCAGGACUUCAACAGAGGCAAGAGCUUUCGCCGCUAGCCUUUGAGGACUUGCCGCUUCCUUGGAAAACUCUACUUGCCAACCGCAGCCUGAACAUCCAAGGACCCGGUAUGAACCCAAGACCAGCCAAUGAUAUGGCGCAUCUACUGAAGGCCAGCGCUCCUGCUUUUGUUCCUACUGGGUCUCUUGAAGGGCUCUACCAUCCCAAGCUCGUCGUAGAACCGCGCUCCGCUCAGCCUUCGCCUCCGCAGCACUACUCCCAUCGCCGCUUGCCUACAAUUGAUCUGACGCAGCCUUAUCUGCAGCUCCCACUUGGACGACAGACUCUACUUCCGACCCCACCGAGUACAUCGUCUCCGCUGUGGUCGUCUGACUUUUCUCCCUAUCAAGAGUCUUUGCUUUCUCCCCCUGAGCUAGCCGUAGCUCAUCUGCCUCGUCUGUCUAACAAUCUUGGCAUCCAGCUCGGCAAUUUAGGUAUGACCGAGCAGCUUCGUCGACUUCUGUAUGAACGCCUGGGCUCCGCUUCUUCUCGAAACAUUGAUGUGUCCCCGCCUCUCGCUCCGCCAGCUCCGAUACAUGGAUCUAAAAUUUCUCGACCUCUGUCUUCGUCGGUAACGAACGCUGUUUUGCAACCCUAUAUUAGUAGGCAACCGAAUAAUCAUUCGUCAACACUCUCUUCUCCUCAAGCUACUAGUUCCCCACCUAGGCUCCGUGUACCACCGAAUACGCCCUUGCAGAACCUAUCUAUCUCUCGUCGACUAGAUACAAAUCCCUUUGGCUCUCAUUCUGUAGAUGCUGUGUCUACGCCUCCUUCUCCUCAGUCUCCGGAGACUCAUACCAAAGUGCGGACUUUGUCAGGUCAGCAACCGAGGUCGAUACCACUGGCUAAGCUCAUACAGCGCCGCUUGUCUGCUGUGCCUGAGGCCGAAGAAGAACCAUCUUUCGUUCAUCAUGCGAGCCGCUCACCGUCACCGUCUAGAGCUUACUCUUUCCAUCGCAGUCCUGGAGGCGCGCGAGACGAAGUCCCUGUGCAGAUAUACUCUACGCGUGAUCAGUUGCAACGUAUGACGUCACCGAAGCCCCAGCAGAUGCGGGGACGUCGUCCUGCUGGGCCUCCUGCCCAGCGUGGCACGUCUCGACAUACCGGUACUAAGUCGGGUGACAUACGCGUCCCUGUUGCAGCUACUUCCGGGUCCAAAGCAGAAGCUAAGAUCAAUAAGACACCCGAAGGCCCUAAAACCCAGGCCCCUAAGAAAAGACCGUACCGCAAGAAGAAUCGCACUUCCUCGCUCGAUAGCACCGCAACCGUCGCAUCUGUAGCCGCCAGUUCGUCCAAAGGGUAA